CCAAACUGAAUCAGCUGGAAGGCUGUCAAAUUUGACUUUUCUUUAGACUCGGACUGUUUUGGUGAGUGAAAUUACGUAAAAAUCGUUCACAAUGUCAUUCCUGAAAUCACAAUACUACGAUUAUCCUGAGGGACAGGAUGCAUUUGGUAAAAUCGUUGCCACCAACAAAUAUGCUGCUUCAGUCGGUCUCGCUUGGUCAACGUGCGAUGUGCUGAUGUUGUCGAAACCACAAGGCUAUCUGCCGACCUUAGGGCGUUUCGCCUACAACACAGGUCCAAUGAUGGGUAUGGCUACCGCGUUCACAUUGGCCACUUUGGUGUCGACGAACGUGCGUGGAAAGGAUGAUAAAUUAAACUAUUUUAUUGGAGGUGUUGCCGCGGGUGCAGUGUAUGGUGCUUGGAAACGAAAUCAUGUUGCCGGUCUUGUUGCUGGCUUUUUCUUCGGUAUCGCUGGCGCAGUGAAAAAACUAUCGAAACAGGAGGGUUGGGAAUUCUUUCCACCCAUUAAACACCAAUCAAGCUCAUUAACCAUCCAUGACUUUACAAUUAUGAAAGAUCCUGCCCAUCGUUCUGGAAAAUGAAAGAAAAUAAAAAUGUACUAUUAGGAACACAUUUAAUAUGAAAUGUUAGAAAACGCCUAAGCUGGUGCUAGUAAGUGAAUAAAUCACGAAAGUAAUUUAAA